GUUUCCGGUACGGAUCGAGUAGUGACAAUCCUCCCCGCCUGCACGCGGCAACUCUCGCAGAUCGGUUACAUCCAGCAGCAGCCGAUGUCGAACACACCUAUUGGCUCCGGCGAAAAAAACAAAAUACAGCAACAGCUGGACGGAAGAAUUUAAUUUAAUAUCUCUCGAACCUAUAUCGACAAUAACCACGCCAUUUGCAAAAUGUGUCGCACUGAUUUUAAUAUCAGACACGGUGGGAAAAAUGACAUUAUAAAACAUAGCACAUGAAAUCACAAUCACACAAUUUGUAUGUAGCCUUCCUCCGCCAUCCAGCAAUUUGUUACCCAAAUGUUGACAUAUGGUGCGUGCGUGCGCGCGCGUGUGUGUACAGAUCAUGUGAGUUCACUGGGAUAAAAAGGAAAAAAAAAACUUCAUUGUUCAGUUUCGUUUCAUGAAAAGGAUCCACCCAGAGAAUUUAAACUCAAACUCUCAGGCACACUGAAUCAGUUCAAGCAACCCGUGUUGGUUCAAGAGCAUCCCAGUAGACUUACGAUGGAUCCCUAUACAAUGAUUGCAGCUGGUGUAGGAUUAGUUGCAGCAGUUGCUGCAGCUCCUGCUGUUUUAGCAGCUGUAGGUUUCACUGGCGCUGGAAUCGCAGCAGGUUCGUUGGCCGCCUCUAUGAUGUCAUCAGCCGCUGUAGCAAGCGGUGGAGGGGUCGCAGCUGGAUCCGCUGUAGCACUGCUUCAAUCUGUGGGUGCUGCUGGAAUCCCUUUAGUAGCAAAUGCAGCUAUUGGUGCUGUAGGGGCCACUGUGGGUGCAGCUGUGGGGGGACCUCUUAUUUGCAGUUCAGGAGCCACAGAAUUUUUCAGCAGGUUCCUUGGCCACUUCUAUGAUGUCAUCAGCUGCUGUAGCAAGCAGUGGAGGGGUCGCAGCUGGAUCCGCUGUAGCAGUGCUUCAAUCUGUGGGUGCUGCUGGAAUCCCUUUAGUAGCAAAUGCAGCUAUUGGUGCUGUAGGGGCCACUGUGGGUGCAGCUGUGGGGGGGACUCUUUUUUGCAGUUCAGGAGCCACAGCCGUUUGCAGCGCUUUGCUGUAAUAUAGGAGGGGUCACAGCUUUUCAAGCUGCUGGUGCUGAUGAAAUCCCUGUCGUUGGUGAAGCCAUCAUAGCCACUGCCCAACUGCACUACAUACAGUAACUGGCCAUAUCUUUAAUGUAAUGCCUGUUUAAUUUAAAUGCUUUAUAUUUACUCACUGUCUGCCUCUUGUGGAAAAAUAUCACAAAAUCUCUUAACACUGCUCUAGCUUACAAACUGUACAUGUUUUUACAGUGAUGGAAUAGUGUUAAGUAAAUUAUCCUAGUUGAAGGAAACUAAUAUGACAUGUUUAUUGCAGCACAAAUGAUAAAUAAUAGUUAUAAGAGUCUUUAGGUUCCAUAUAAUUUCUAUUUCUAGUCUGGUAGUCAAUGCGAUGCUUCAUCUUUUCUGAAGCAUGUGGAGGCUUUGAUACUUGCUCAUGGCUUGUCUGUAAUUCACCUGAAAAUACCUAUAUCUAUAACCACAAAGAAAAGAGGAAUCUAAAGUAAAGCUUAUUUUUAUUUAUAUAGGGAAUCUGUGUAAAAAAGUAAGAGCAAGAUCUGUUGGCCUACUAGAUUUCCUAUCAUGUUAAAGACUUAUAUUUGCAUAUUUAAAUUUGUUUAAGGCUUUUAUAGUGUGACUUCUUUGACUUCCAUGCUGAAUCUCACAAACCCUGUCAAUUGUAUUGCAUUGUAACAUUAUUUUUAAUGCAACUUUGAUUACAGCUGAACUUUGACUUUACCUGGACAAAUCAAACUGUUUCAAACGUAAUCUUUGACGAAUACAUUAAAUC